AUGGGCCAGGACGACGACUCUGUCUCCAAUGACGCGCAACAACAGACAAAUGCAAUUGAGACAGGCGAACAAAUCGCCGAAUCAGAGUCAGAGUCAAAUUCCUCUGGUGCUCUUGGAGAUGUGAAAACCCGGCUCAAUAAUAUGACGGGUGGGAGCUCGAUCUCCGAGAUCUCAAGUCGAGCCACUGCCGUGGCUGGGGAAAAGGUCGUCGCUUUGAAGGAUACUGUCAUGGAGAACGCGGUGCCUGCCGCUGGGGAAGCUUUGCAGAGUCUGGGAGGUCGCAUCCGGAAUCUUGCAGGUGAAGUUGAAGAGACUGUAGAAGAAGAUCUAGACAUGGAAAAACAUUCAGAGCACAUUGAUAAGAUGGACAAAGAGAGGCUCUGCGACUUUCUGCGGGAUAAACAUAAGAGUACUGCGCCAUCUUUGCCGACAAACUGA